GAUGGAGAAAUGAAGCGCAGCCUCGAUUUUCAGUGACCUGGAUUGAAGAUCCGGAUUCUGGUGUGAGGAGGCUCCGCUGCAGAUGGAGGCGGGUCAAGGAGGCCAGAUCCUGGAGCACAGACUCGGACUGUGAUCACCACACCUACUGAAGGUGGAGGAGUAACACCUGUGAGGAACAGCCCCACCUUCAUCCCUCCUCCUCCUCAUGGAGGCUCCAGGUUAGAGGACCACAAGAGUCCUGAGCUCCAAACCGGAAGAGAACCUGAACCAGGCUCAUGGAUCUGAAGAGGGUUUUGUCGUUCCCGCCGUACCCCGGGGAUUACCUCCAUCCUGUGGUGUACGCCUGCACGGCCGUCAUGCUGCUCUGUCUGCUCGUCUCCAUCAUGACAUACAUCGUCCACCACAGAGUGAUUCGUAUCAGCAGGAACGGCUGGCACACACUCCUCAACUUCCUGUUCCACACCGGCCUGACAUUUGGAGUUUUUGCUGGAGGCAUCAAUCAGAUCAACGCACCGCUCGUGUGUCAGAUUGUCGGCAUCGUGCUGCAUUAUGCUUCUCUGUCCACCAUGAUGUGGCUCACAUUCACUGCCAGAAACAUCUGCAAAGAUAUCUCCAAAGACCCCCUCCACAUUCCUGACCGCAACGGACUGGCCCAUACCAAGGCAAAGCCAACCGUCCUCAGGUUUUAUCUGGUCAGUGAUGGAGUCCCGCUCAUCAUCGUCGGAGUCACGGCAGCAUUUGGUUUAGAAAACUAUGGCAGCAGAGAAGAUGCUCUGUACUGCUGGAUGGCGUGGGAGCCCAGUCUGGGAGGUUUUUACGCCCCCGUAGGUCUCCUGGUCUUUGUCAUGUCUGUGUACUUCCUUUGCACCUUCAUCCAGAUCAAACGCCACCCAGAGAGAAAGUACGAGCUGCGAGUUCUGAGCGAGGAGCAGCAGCAGCUCUCAUCCAGCGAGUCCAACCAUAACUGCCACAUCGACACCGGGGCAGCUGCUGGGUCUGCCACAGACUGUCCUACAUUUGCCACAGGUGUGUCCGUUCUAGCCAAUGAGCACUCAUUUACAUCUCAGCUGCGAGCCACGGCCUUCACCCUCUUCCUGUUCAUGGCCACCUGGGCUCUGGGAGCUCUGGCGGUGACUCUGGGACACUUCCUGGACAUGAUCUUCAGCUGUUUGUAUGGAGCUUUCUGUGUGACUAUGGGACUCUUCCUUCUCAUCCAGCACUGUGCCAAACGGGACGACGUGUGGCAUCGCUGGUGGGCCUGCUGUCCAACGAAAUCCAAGACUGAGGAGGUGACUGUGGACAGACAAAACCAUCUGCAGGAAGUCCACCAGCCUCACUGCCACCUGAGCUCCCCGUGCUCAGGAAAACAGCCACUCUUGUCCCCUCACCUCCUCCAAAGCUCAUACAAGAUGUCCCCGCCUCCACAAAGCCCAACAGCCAAUCAGACGGGUCCCUACUGUGUGUCUGUGCUGGGUCCUGUUAGUCCCACCCUCAUGUCUCCUCUCCCUGAGCCCAUUUCUUUACCCCGUCCACAGUCUCUCUCUGAUGAGCUUCCCCGCCCUGUACUGCCUCUCCAGAGCUGCCUUAGCAACAGAGCAAAGUCCCGCUCCUUCAACAGGCCACGCCCCCACCUGCAGGACUACCGCUCCCACAUGGCAUCCACCAGUAUGGAUGGGAGUGGGCACAGUUCUCACCUGGACAGCCCUCAUGCUGUGCCUCACCUGGACAGCUCAUCUCCUGUUCCCAGUAGCCCACAUCCAGACUUCCAGCUACCCUGUCCAAGUCCUCACAUGGACAAGCAGCUUGCUUCCUGCCACAGCUUACAACGCCAGACCUCGAGCCACAGCGUGCACGACUCACUGGCUUCCUGUCACAGCCACGCCCACAACAUGCAUGAUAGCAUCACUUCCUGUCACAGCCUCCUCCUGCCUUCUCAUGGGAUCCACUCCUGUCAGUGGCACCUGUACAGCUCAGCGGAUCACUCCUCCUCCACCAGCUGCUGUGAGAAACCUGAAGCCUUCACCUUGGAGUACCAGCAGGACUCGGACAUGUUCCCGUCAAAGACAGGUGACAAAGAAAAAGAUAGUCUGAGCGUCGAGCCAGAGCACAAAGGUUUUCCACGUAACACUCUGCCCCGACAGCACGGUGCUGUCAGCCGGCGAGGAACCAUCGGCCGAAACCGGAGCCUGCAGGAAGACGGCCUGUUUGGUUCAGACUCGACAGGAAACAUCCGGACUGGUCCCUGGAAAAACGAAACCACUGUAUAGUUCUCAUAUAGGUUUACCUGCCAGACCUACAGCCUGUGAUCCAGUCAAUCCGUGAGUGUUCGGGUCUCCAUGCCUUUAAAUUUGUCCUUAAACCACAGGUGGAGUUCUCUGUGAGGCCUCUUUUCCCUUUAUGAUGAAGUUCUAAGUGUGUUUCUCGUUUCUUACAGAUCCUAAACUGAAGGUUCUGUUGGGUAAGGGUUGAAUAAUACUGUCAAAGUGUAAUCAGGAGUGUGUGGCUCUCUAGUGGUCAGCAGCGUUAUAGAAAGGUCUGUUUGAACUAUCAGGGUGCUUCAUGAGUUUGUGUCUUUGUUAAACAUAUCUUCUCAGGUUCAGCUUUACCAUCAAGGACAUUCAAAACUUUGGACCUAACUAAGUAGAAACAGAAUCCAACUCAAUGUUUGUACAUUUUUUAUAUGAAGAGGAUCUGAGAUGAGCAGAGACUCUACGAUUAGCAGAAUAAUCUGAAUCACAAAAGAAGAGCCAAAAGAAAGUCCAAACUAAAAGUUAGCAGGUCAAUUGACAGGCUGAGCUCAUCAGUUUUACAUUCCUCAUUUAUUUUGAUCUGACCUCAAGCGUUAUGGUCACUCACCUGUCUCUGUUGGGUUCUGUUGAUCUGAAUUGAUAUUACUGGAACAUGUUUGAACUCAUGGCUCAUAAAGACGUCAGUGAGCAAGCUGUGAGCUGCAGAUCUUUACUCUAGAUUUAUAAUACAGUCAGUAGCUGUGCUGUCAACUCUGUUUGAUUAACAUGAAUCCUCCACCACCUUUUAAAUGAGCUGACUGUGUUCAUGCUUUGAGAACAAACCUAAUGUUUGCAGGACGUUUAAACUUUGUGUGAUGAAGCUGUUAGCUUGACCUGAAGAUAGGGCAUUAAUCAUCAACAUGAUGUUAGCUUAACCUGAUAACUGAUGAUGAUGAGGAAGAAGACGAUCAGGCAUUAAUCAUCAACAUGAUGAAGAUGAUCAUUGAUCAUCAACAUGAUGAUUUACAGUUUUAUGCAAAGAGUCAGUGAGGUAUGAUGGAUGGAUGGAUGGAUGAUUGAUUGAUGGAUUGAUGGAUGGAUGGAUGGAUGGAUGGAUGAAUGGAUGGAUGAUUGAUUGAUGGAUGGAUGGAUGAAUUGAUGGAUUGAUCAAUGGAUGGAUGGUUGGAUUGAUGGAUUGAUUGAUUGAUUGAUUGAUUGAUGAAUGGAUGGAUGGAUAGAAGGAUUGAUUGAUUGAUUGAUUGAUGGAUGGAUGGAAGUAUUGAUUGAUUGAUUGAUUGAUUGAUUGAUGAAUGGAUGGAUAGAUGGAUGGAUGGAUAGAAGGAUUGAGUGAUUGAUUGAUUGAUUGAUUGAUUGAUGGAUGGAUGGAUGGAUUGCACAUUUAGAUAUUGAGAUCAUGGAUUUUAAAGGAUCUUUAUUUGUUAAUGUGGUGAUUCUUCACGUUAUUAUUGACUAAUGAGCGGUGACACAUGUGGAAACACUUUGAGCAUGUGUGUUCUUUAUGUGUGCUACAGUGCAUGAGUAGGUUCAUUGAGAUGUGGUGUGUUUGUGUUACAUGUUAUUAUUAUGGACCCGCCCCUUUUAUAAAUAUGAAGUAGGUUAAGGAAUAUUUUUAUGGAGACACUUUGCUGCCAAAAAAAACUCUUGACAACAAAUGUUGCACUUGUAUGAACUGAAGUUAUCCUCUCCUGCUGAGAUAAUAUUUAUUUUAAAAAAGUGCUUUAAGCACAAACUUUGUGCCAAAAUGACGUGCCAACUUUCACUGUGAGAGAAAAUACACAACACUCAAUACACACAGUUUGUGUUAUCGCACAAACUGGAACUCAGGUUUAAAAUGAUCAUCAGCAACAUUUCAAAUAAUUUCACAAACUUCCAUAUUUAAACCAGAGCGUGGUUUCAUGACACAAGCUUUCUGUUUAAACCACGCCUACUUCUGACUAAAACUAGUUUAAACCAGGUUAAGAUAGUUUAAACCAGGCUUAACUAGUUUAAACCAGACUCAAUCUAGUUCAAACCAGGUUAAGAUAGUUUAAACCAGACUUAUCUAGUUUAAACCAGGUUGAGAUAGUUUAAAGCAGACUCAAACUAGUUUAAACCAGGUUAAGAUAGUUUAAACCAGGCUUAUCUAGUUUAAACCAGGCUUAACUGGUUUAAAGCAGGUUAAAAGUAGGUUAAACCAGGCUUAUGUAAGUUAGAGCCAGACUUAAGAUAUGGGAAGAGUGGGGGGGGGGGGUCACUCAUGAUGUUUAUGUCCCCGGUCCAGGGCAACCCCCCAGCUACAAACAGUAAAUCAGUAAAAACACCAAGUCCUGCAGUGGGCGUGGCUUCUGGUGGUGAUGAGCCCAGGAGGAGGAGCCACGUGACAAACAUUUCUAGUGACUCCACCUUUAAAGUCCAGAUUAAUCCUGGUUCUUUUUUCUGUGGUCAGUCAAGCUGCUUGAUUCUGGUUCGUCUGGUUCAUUCAGCCAUCAAACAUUUACGUCCUCAUCACCAUUUAUUUAGCAUUUUUAUUUCAACCCGUUAUGAAAAAUGUGAACUAAAUCUUUUCAUUAACACUUUAUAAAAAAGUUGAUUUAUUUUGUAUUUUAACCUUCAUUAAGUUUUUCUAAAUGUUCAAUACUUUGAUACCACGUAUUUUAAGAUGACACAAUCUCUGAUAUCUAUAUAAUAUAUCUAUAUAAUAUAUAUAUAUUUAUAUAUAUUAUAUCUGAUAUCUAUAUAAUCUAUAUAAUAUAUCUAAUAUAUAUCUAUAUAAUAAAUCUGAUAUCUCUGAUAUUUAAAUGACAGGUAGAAUCAAAGAGUCCUGAAGCUUGAAAUCAUCUUUGUCAUCAGACAGGUGUGAAGAAUAAUCUCCUGCACACCUGUGUGAUCGGAGGUUUCUGGACCAGGUGAUUCCAAAGAGCAGAGGUUCAGAAUACUGAGGACAUUAUUUCUGUUGCAUUGAUGUCAUUUGAUUUGAAUCUGAAUCCUAUCAAAGUUUAAAGUGUGAUAUCGUGACAACCUUUAUUGUAAACUUUGAUAUUUUACCUUUUUUAACCUUUUAAUUCACAGCUGUGACAUUUAUGUCCACUCACUCGUCACGUUCACUCUUUCACUCUGUCGGCGUCUCUCAGGGUGAUAAUCUGAGGUCAGCUGACGUGAUGUCUGUGGUCAUGUGACGUGUUGUUGUGUCUUCCUUUGUUGGGGGGAGGGGGGAGGGUAACCAAACAUGAAAACAUCCAAUGUGACAUUUUGUGUUUCUCACCUCCAGAGGAGACACCUGUAAGCACCACGUGUCGUCUGCACUCUGAAUAAAGACAAACUGUUAAAGUCCA